GCCCCGCGCCGUCCCCGCUGGCCGCCCCGCUGAUGCCGCUUCCCCGCGCGGGGCCCGCGCGCCGCUAGCAGCAUGUCUCGGCGCAAGCAGGCCAAGCCCCAGCACCUCAAGUCGGACGAGGAGCUGCCGCCGCCGGACGGGGCUCCCGAGCACGCGGCCCCCGGGGAGGGCGCUGAGGACGGGGACAGCGGGAACGAGAGCCGGAGUGGAAGCGAGGAGACGCACGUCUGUGAUAAGUGCUGCGCCGAGUUCUUCAAGUGGACGGACCUCCUGGAGCACAAGAAGGCCUGCACCAAGAACCCCCUGGUGCUGAUCGUCAGCGAAGAUGAGCCGGCCCCGCCCUCUGAAGAGUUUCCAGAACCUUCUCCGGCCAGCUCUCCCAGCGAGCACACGGAGAGUGAGGCUGCCGAGGAGACGGCCCCCACAGAGGGCGGGGAGGGCGGGGAGGUGAGGGCCCCCGAGAAGGAGGACGAGCCCAUGGAAGUGGGCCCCUCCGUGGACAAGAGCUUCCAGAGCCCGGGCCCCACGCACGCAGGGAAGCCGCCUCUACCUCAGGUCCCUGAACCGGCCCCCGUGGCCGCCUACAGCAUGCCAAACACCAACGUGACGCUGGAGACCCUCCUGAGCACCAAGGUGGCCGUGGCACAGUUCUCCCAGAACACGAGGGCUGCAGGAGCCGUGGGAUCCAGCGGCGGGGUGGCGGCCGUGGCCAUCCCCGUGAUCCUGGAGCAGCUCAUGGCCCUGCAGCAACAGCAGAUCCACCAGCUGCAGCUCAUCGAGCAGAUCCGCAGCCAGGUGGCCAUGAUGAACCACCAAUCGCUGCGGCCACCGCUGAACCCCAGAGCGGCCACGGGGGCCCAGAGCGCCCCGCUGCCCACCUCCGGCCAGCUCCCGGGGCUGGCCGCGCACUCGGCCCUGCAGCUCUCAGCCGGGGCCGCCCCCAUCCCCACGGCACCCGGCCCUGCCACCCAGCCGGCCACCUACGAGGGCCCCCAACACCUGGCCCAGCCGGCGUCCGGAGCCAGCACUCCACACGUCCCGGGCGGGGGCCCCUCCGGCCCCGAGCCCGGCGCCCCGGCGUCCUCCGGCGCGGCCCCGGCCUCCACUGCCCCGGCCCCGGCGGUCAGCGCCUCCGGCGCCCCCUGCCGGCCGCAAAACGCUUCCACGCCCCCCGCCCUGGGGCCCGGGCCCCUCCUCAGCUCGGCACCCAGCCUGCCAAGCCCACUUCUACCUCAGACCUCCGCCGGCAGUGUCAUCUUCCCCAACCCGCUGGUCAGCAUUGCAGCCACGGCCAGCGCGCUGGACCCCCUGUCGGCCCUCAUGAAGCACCGCAAGGGCAAGCCCCCCAAUGUGUCGGUGUUCGAGCCCAAGGCCAACGCCGAGGACCCCUUCUUCAAGCACAAGUGCAGGUUCUGUGCCAAGGUGUUUGGGAGCGACAGCGCCCUGCAGAUCCACCUGCGCUCCCACACGGGCGAGCGGCCUUUCAAGUGCAACAUCUGCGGCAACCGCUUCUCCACUAAGGGCAACCUGAAGGUCCACUUCCAGAGGCACAAGGAGAAGUACCCCCACAUCCAGAUGAACCCCUACCCCGUCCCCGAGUACCUGGACAGCGUGCCCACCUGCUCCGGGAUCCCCUACGGGAUGUCACUGCCCCCAGAGAAGCCGGCCACCACCUGGCUGGACAGCAAGCCCGUGCUGCCCACGGUGCCCACGUCGGUCGGGAUGCAGCUCCCGCCCACCCUCCCCGGCGUCAGCCUCGGCAGCUAUGCCGACUCCCCCAGCCUCACCCCCGCCAGCCGCUCCCCGCAGCGGCCCUCGCCGGCGUCCAGCGAGUGCCCCUCUCUGUCCCCAGGCCUGACCAGCUCCGAGGUGGUGACUGCCGAGUCCCCGCAGCCGGCACCCGGCGGGUCUUCCCUGCCCAAGACCGAGCCCAUGAGCCUGCCUUGCACAAACGCCAGGGCGGGGGACGUCCCCGCCACUGGGCAGGUGUCUGCCGCGUCCGCCCUCGCGGACAGCAGCCUGUCCCCCGGCCUCUGCAGCCCGGUCCUCCCGGCCGGCGCCGAGCAGUUCAAGGCCAAGUUUCCCUUCGGAGGGCUGCUUGACUCUAUGCAAACGUCCGAAACCUCCAAGCUGCAGCAGCUGGUGGAGAACAUCGACAAGAAGGUGACGGACCCCAACCAGUGCGCCAUCUGCCACCGCGUGCUGAGCUGCCAGAGCGCCCUGAAGAUGCACUACCGGACGCACACGGGCGAGCGGCCCUUCAAGUGCAAGAUCUGCGGGCGCGCCUUCACCACCAAGGGCAACCUGAAGACGCACUUCGGGGUCCACCGCGCCAAGCCGCCCCUGCGCGUGCAGCACUCCUGCCCCAUCUGCCAGAAGAAGUUCACCAACGCCGUGGUCCUGCAGCAGCACAUUCGCAUGCACAUGGGGGGGCAGAUCCCCAACACGCCACUGCCCGAGGGCUUCCAGGACGCCAUGGACGCCGAGCUGCCCUACGACGAGAAGGCCACGGACGCCCUGAGCGGCUACGACGAUGACAUGGACGAGAACUCCCUGGAGGAGGAUGCCGAGCUGAAGGACACGGCUGGCAACCCAUCCAAGCCGCUGCUGGCCUUCUCAAGCUCCUGCCCGCCCUCCCCGCCGUCCGUCAUCUCCAGCAUCGCCGCCCUGGAGAACCAGAUGAAGAUGAUGGACUCGGUCAUGAGCUGCCCCCAGAUGACCGCCCUCAAGUCCCUGGAGAACGGGUCCGGGGAGAGCGACCGUCUGAGCAACGACUCCUCGUCAGCUGUGGGCGACCUGGAGAGCCGGAGUGCGGGCAGCCCGGCCCUGUCCGAGUCAUCCUCCUUGCAGGCCCUGUCGCCCGGGAACAGUAACAGCGAGAGCCUGCCUUCUAAGUCCCCGGGCCUCGGCACCCAGGAGGAGCCGCCGGAGCCGCCGCUGAAGACGGAGAGGCAGGACAGCCCGCCCCCCGGGCCCGAGAACGGAGGGGCGCUGGACCUGACGGCCCCCCACCCCGGCCGGCCGGCCAUCAAGGAGGAGGCGCCCUGUAGCCUGCUGUUCCUGAGCCGAGAUCGGGGUAAGUGUGCGAGCACCGCGUGUCGUGUCUGUGCGAAGCCUUUUGCUUGCAGGAGCGUGCUGCAGAUCCACCUCCGCAGGCACACCAAGGAGCGGCCGUUCGUCUGCGCGGCCUGCGGGCGCGGCUGCUCCACCCUGGGUAACUUAAAGCAGCACUUGCUGACCCACAGGUUGCGCGAGCCGCUUCCCCAGUUGCUUGACCCCAGCUUUGCUCUAGGUCCCGGCCAGGGCACCCCGAGCCUGGGUCCCGGCUCCGCGCCCGCCACGAUCAAAACGGAAGUGAACGGGCACAGCAAGGCCGGCCCCUUGGCCGAGGGCCCGCCGCUGCCGGCUCCCAUCCAGGUGCCUGCGGGGCCCCCGACGGUGAUGAGCGCCGGCCUCGCGCCCAUGCUGGCCCCCCCGCCGCGCCGGACGCCCAAGCAGCACAACUGCCAGUCGUGCGGGAAAACCUUCUCCUCGGCCAGCGCCCUGCAGAUCCACGAGCGCACCCACACCGGGGAGAAGCCCUUCGGCUGCACCAUCUGCGGGAGAGCGUUCACCACCAAGGGCAACCUCAAGGUGCACAUGGGCACCCACAUGUGGAACAACGCCCCUGCCAGGCGCGGCCGCCGCCUGUCGGUGGAGAACCCCAUGGCCCUGCUGGGUGGUGACGCCCUGAAGUUCUCCGAGAUGUUCCAGAAGGAUCUGGCUGCACGGGCCAUGAACGUGGACCCCAGCUUUUGGAACCAGUACGCCGCAGCCAUCACCAACGGGCUGGCCAUGAAGAACAAUGAGAUCUCUGUCAUCCAGAACGGAGGCCUCCCCCAGCUCCCAGUAAGUCUCGGGGGAAGCGCGCUCCCCUCCCUGGGCUCCCUGGCUGCCGGGCUGGACAAGGCGCGGCCUGGCAGCAGCCCGCCCAUUGCAGGGCUGGACAAAGCCAAGUCGGACGCGGGAGCCGGCCGGCCGUUCACGCGGUUCAUUGAGGAUAACAAGGAGAUCGGGAUUAACUAGCCACGUCCCUGCCCUGUGGGUCCCCUUCCCCAUUCACCCAGAGCAGGAAAGACGUCACCGGGUGGCUGCCCGAGGUGGCCUCACCCGCUGCCCGGUGCGCCUUUCGCCGUGAGCUUGACCGUCCUCGAGAACUCGGCAACCUUUGAAAUAGAUUUAAGUCAAAAAGAGACGUCCUCGGAGAGCCACCUUGGGAACAGAAGGGGCUCAGAGCACAUCCAUUCCGUCCCUCCAAAGCCCAGCAGUGCCCAGAGGGGGCUCCCCGCCCUAUUCCAGGAAACUCGUUCAGUGGUUUUGUUCGAAUUAGUUAGAAACUUGAACUCUGUCCUUAGAACUCUUAUCUCGAAGACGUGGUCUAGUGCUCCCGGCGCCGUGUAGCAUGGCAGUACCUUCGUCUGUGGUAUUUAUGAUGUUAAGAUGAUGCGGGUAACAGACAAUACAGCCCAACUUUAACGGAAGCUUCUGUACUGCAGAAUACAUCUGGCUGUGUGAUUUUUGUUUUUUAAAGCAAGAUUUGUUUUACUAUAAAUAAGUGGGUUAUUUCCAUGCAGGCAAAAUUGUGAAGUUCUGUUAGGAAAGAGCAUGCUUUUCGUGUGCAAGCACCUGUCAGUAACAAGCCUUUUUUUUUUUUUUUUUUUUUUUAACUUAAAUGUUUGUAGCUGCUAUGUGGAUAUAGUGUUCUCUAGUGUGGUGUGUAGCCCAGCAGUUGGGAACAAGUUACAGACAGACACCACCGUGAAUUAUUCACAACGUUAUAGCAGUUGUGAGUACAUAUCUCGCAUUAUCAAACCUGUACAAUAAAAAGGUAAUGUUUGUAUAAUGUGGUUGAAAACUCUUAAUUUAUACUCUUGCACUUUUAGUAUUUUGUAUUAGGGAGGUUUGUCUAUAAUUGGAAAAUUUUAAAAGAUGUAAAGUAUUUUAUAAAUAGUACUUUGAUUGAAGGAAAAUGAAGAGGGAAAAAAAAAAAAAAGCUGUUACAGUCUUAGGUCAGACGGUAUGAGAAAUCUGUGCUCCUUAACCGGAAAAGCCUCCAAGACUUGUCAGUUCCUCAAUAAACUAGGGCCUGCUGUUUCUUAAAUUAAAUGAUUUAACUUUUCUACGAAGCCCAUUUAAAAACUUGACCACCCUAAGAAAACUUUGAUGAAUUCAUCUUAGGACUGUGACACCAGUACAAGCCAGGAAGUAAGCCAGAGAGCACUGCAUAGGUUUGACGCUACUGUAGCCUCUGCUCUCUUUCUCGCACGCCCCCCGAACGAGAGUUUGACUGCCUGCGAGGCCUGCUUUUGUGCUCAAUAAACUGCAGAGAGGUGUCGGGUGUCAGGCAGUAUAAUCAGUCAUAACUGGGACGUUUUUCUGAGUUCCUGAUUUAUUUAUUAUCUUCUCAGAUGAAAACAAAGCACACUGUCAUCUGAUCAAAGCACAGUCUCGUGCUGGUGAUUCUGCCCAUUGCCCCGUGUCAGGAAAGGGCCCUGGGCAGGUGCCGGGCGGCGGGGCUGAGCCAGGCCCACACAGAAGUGUUGUGUGCUCUACCUCAUUUUGUGCGUUGCAAGCAUGCUGGAGUCUGAGACCGUGAACUUCCUCUGGCAGUGCUGUCCUAGGUCGUCGUGGGUGGCCGGGUGACAGUGCGAGGGGCUGAGUCCCCGAGGAAGCAGUCGAGCCUUCUCAGUUGAAACCGAGACAUAGGACCAUCUUUCCAACACAGCCACAGCAACAAGUCACAUCGUGUCACUGAACAGAGUUUCAAAGACUCACAGAUAAGCAGACCUAGCCGUGAUCUCUGUCGGAAACGAACCCUGAACUCUCCAGCUCUGUUUCCCACGCAGGUGGGAUGGCGUGUGCCCGGGGUACCCUCUCCUCUCACGGGAUGGGUCGGGGGGUCCCAGCGUCGGGAAGAGAAAACAGGUGCUUGGUGUCGCUGUGUUUCAGCAGUGAAUGUUCUUAUUAUUUAUGUGUCCUUUUUGCUGUGAUUUUUUUUUUUUCCUUUUUGGUUAGUAUUUGGUACCAUGUAGUGUUCUCUCCUCGCAAAAGGGUGUGUAUAUAACGUAAGAAAAGAGAAAUGUAAAGUGCUGUAAAUAAGAUGGCCCAUGACGGGACAGUGAGACUGUCCCCACCCUGUGCUCAGGGCGAGGCUGUCCCUCUCCGCAUGGUGAAGAGACACUAUUUUUCUAUUGCAACACCGUGUAGGGCCAGGGGCCUCCCUGAACCAGUGGAGAAUUGUUACCCAGAUCCAAUAUUUUUUAUGAUGAAAUCUGUGGCUUGACACAUCUACUGAUUGAAAUGGAUGUCUUAGUCUAGGUUCCUAUUUUUGUCAUACGGAAUUGAAUAAAAUGCAGGAUGUAAUAUGA